ACCAUUUUUGGGAUCGUGUGGCGGAAUCUUUCGAAAAUGGAAAAAAUCCAACUUGGAGUGAACGUUCAAAAAAAUCUCUCCGGUGUCGAUUACAAACUAUUGAGAAAGCUAUAAGAAAACUACAUGCAUGCAUCAAACAAUGUGAAAAUCGACGUUCAAGUGGUGCAUCAAGUGAUGAUAUAUUCAAUCAAGCCAAAGAAAUGCUAAUGCAAGAUCAAAAUUUUAAAUCUGGUUGGAAAUUCGAUCAUGUAUGGAACAUUAUUAAAAACUUUGAAAAGUUUAAAGAUGUUGCCACUCCGGCUAGAAAAGUCUCAAAUCUAUGCGGCUUCGGGUACACAUCUUCUGAGUCCGAAAAUCCUACCCCCGAUUCAGUUUCACAAGCGUCUCCAGGUUUGUCUUCAUUUUCUCUUAACUUAGAUGACGAAGAUGACAUUAUUGGCGGAUCUCCAUCUCAACGACCAAGAGGAGUGAAAAAAUCUAAAUUGAAAAGAAAAAAUGACGAUCAAACAUCGGAUGUUAUCAAGACUUUGGAAGAAGGGAAUAAACAAUUCGUGGAGCAACUAAAGAAGACAAGUGCACAAAGACAACAAUAUUUGGAGAUGCAAAGUAAGAGUUUAGCAUUGAAAGAACUAAGAGAAGAAAACAAAGUUUUAUAUCGAGACUUAAAUUCCAUUGAAGAUCCAAAUCUCCGUGCAUAUCUUCAAUCUGAACAAGCAAAAAUCUUAAAGAAAAGACUUGAUCAACAAGCUCCGUCGGCAUCUACUUCCUUUGGACAAUAUUUCGAUGAUCUUAGUGGAUCUGGAAACGACCUACCGGAUUAUUAAAUCACUAGUUUAUGGUGUGUUAAUUUUUUUUUUAACGGCAAGUUUAAUUUUGUUUAUGUACUUUUAGUUUAUCA